AGGUGCCACAGGCCGCCGCUGCCCGGGCCGCUCCAGUGGAGCCCACCGCCAGCGAGGGCGCGCCGGGGCCGGUGGCGCUCACCCGACCGCCCGAGGACGUCGUCGCCUCGCUCGCCAGCGAGCUCUUCGACGCCCUCGCGGUCCCCGAGGCCCACAAGACGGGGGCAGCGGUCCACUGCCUCCUGACCGCGGAGGCCGCGCAGAAGACGGGGUGGUUCGGCCACGACGCGGCUCGCCUGCGGGUGGAGCGCUUCGUGGCGGCCGCGGCGGAGCGCUACCUGCCCAACCCGUUCCACAAUUUCUCCCACGCCCUCGAUGUGGCCGCCAGCGUGCGGCGGCACGGUGGCGGAUGUGGCAGGUCGAAGCAGACCGCUUCCUCUCCGCGGCAUCGCAGCUGUCGCUGUUGGUCGCUGCUGUCGCGCACGACCUCGGACACCCUGGCGUGAACAACCCGUUCCUCGUGGAGACUUCUCACGUGUACGCUCUGAAAUACAACGACAAAUCACCGCUUGAGAACUUGCAUUGUGCGACGCUCUUCCAGAUCAUACAGGCCCCGGAGGCGAACGUUUUCCAGGACGUGCCGCGGGACGCUUACAAAGAAGCUCGAAAAGAGAUCGUGGCGUCUAUUCUGGCCACGGAUAUGAUAGCUCACCAACCCAUGGUCGUAGAGCUCGGGCUCCUGAUCGAGGUCAACUCUGAGUUGCUAGGUCGUGGUCUUCAAAAUCCGGAGACCGCCGAGCUGCUCCAGGAAAAGGGAAACGCACAGCUGAUGCGCAACGCAACGCUGCACUUCUGUGACACUGCCAACCCCAUGAAGCCAUGGGAGCUUUGCUACAAGUACGCGUUGUUGUGCCUCGACGAGUUUUUCGCGCAGGGGGACCAGGAGAAGGCCGCUGGCGUGCCAGUGCAGAUGCUGAAUGACCGCACCAAGGUCAACAAGCCCAAUUCCCAGGUUGGCUUCGCCGAGUUCGUCAUACUCCCCAUGGCGGAGAAGAUGGUCAGCCUCUUCCCGCCGCUCGCCCACCACACCAACAACCUGGGCGAGAACGUGAGCCGCUGGGCGGACCUGUGGGAGAAGGACUCCGCACCGCCUCAGGAGGAGGUCGACAAGCUCAGGGCGCGGGUGCAAAAGGUCGUGGACCGCUGCUCGCAGGCCAGCGCCGGCAGGCGAAGCAGCCGUGGCCGCAAGGGCUCCGGGCUGGGCUCGGCCACGUUCUGACUUGGCUCGUCCAGCUUUUGCGGCGCGUAGUUUUCAGAACUCUUCCUCAUCCCGUCUCCCCUCCUCUCGCUUCCCCCCCUGCCCCGAACCAUCUUCGCCUGCCGUCUUUCAUUUUGCCUCUGCUGCUAGUUUCUUUAUCCCGCGGGCCAUCCGGCAAGGGGGACUCCAGUGGGUGUGGCUUUCUUACUAUUGCACGGUCCUUUCGGUAAUGAAGGACGGCGAUAGUUCAAUGGCGCCGGUGCUUGCCGAAUCCGUAUGCAGCGCGCGUUUCUACAUAGGAGUGCCCAAAGAUUUGGCAAAGCGCACUUGAAUAUGCAAUUCGUGAUAGUUGUAACACCACUUUUUCUCACCACCCUUGUCUCACAUCAAGCAACCUUGCGCUCAUGGCUGUAACACGAGUCCGCUGGUGCAUGUGCAGUACCACAGCGCUGCACGGAGGUGGCGAUCGAGUCCAAUAGAGAUGCGCACGCUAACCUACCGUCGCACCGCCGUGCAUUCCGUGCUGAGCCAAAUCAGCUCAACUUGCAUAGUGUUCCAUCGCUUCUAUGCUGCAUGCAGAAACAGCCAUUCGGCACACGUGCGCAUGGCUUUAUUACCCUUUCAGGUGCUUGUGUAAGCGCACUUGAGCAAGGAUAUGUUAUCAUGCAAGUGUGUGGGCUGUCACCAGAUGUCCCAGCAGCGGGACAUGUUUCGGGUGCUUCCGAGUUCCCAGGGUGUCGCAUAAGGGGGAUGCCCACCCAGCAUGUGCCAGACCUCGGCGCGGACUCUUCUCCCCAGAAAGGGCAGCGGCCCAGGGUUCUCUUUUA